AUGCGCUAGACUUGGUAACAUUCCCCCUGUAGGCCCCUUAAACACCCGGGCUUCACUGACCGGCCCAGGGAUGGAAAGGGUCCAGGCGACAGGGCCUGCAUUUCCAUGCUAAGCUGUAUUUGUUCUGCAUCUUCUUCCAUGUCCUAGGUUCUCUCGCUGGCCCAGCCGGCCUCCCGUCAUCUCAUGGCUGCGCUGACCUCGUUCUGUUCCAAGUAUGCUCGCCCAGUCUGCUGUGCCUUGCUCACUCCAGUCCUGCAGGCCUCGGGGGCAGGCCCCGAGCGGACAAAGCUAGUGUGCGAGCUGAUAGAGGACAGCCUGGAGCCAGAGUAUGUGAGGCUGGUACUCAGCCAGGUCCUUGAGAUGCCAUGGUCAGAGGAGCUCAUCACUGUUGUGCAGACAUUGCUGGGAAGGCAGGUGGAGCUGGCCCCUGAGCUCUUUAACCUCCUGGUCCUGAAACUGUGCCGGCUGGCCCAGGAGUUUGCUAGGUCAAUGAGUUACACCAAGCUGAUGAUGGCUGUGCUGACCAUAUACAGCAGCAAUAUUACUCCAGCCCAUCGGAGACAUUUGUCUGGUGCUCUGGAUCUCAACCACACAGCUCUCCGGAAAUCUCUGCAGGCUGCCCUGGAACAAAUGGCUCCCAGGUGAAGUAGCCCAUCCUAAUGGAACGGAAUGGUAUAAAUGUCUGCCUUCUCAGACUCCAGCCACCAAGGGUCUGUGUAUGGCCCUUCAUGCCACCAGUGACUGUGACGAGCACAGGACAAGGACAGCUUCCAGAGCUAGAGUUAGAGCCAGCGUAACGGAGGCUUGGAGAACAGGUUGUGCCAAGUAACGUCAGACUGGUGCCUGCAGAAUACGCCUGAAACAGAGACAUCUGUUGAGUGACUGUAACGGGCAAACCUGGAUGCCCCUUCAACUAAAGAUUCUGUAUAUGGAAAAUCCCACAGCUGAGGAAGAUCUACAAUUCUAGGAGAACUCCCAGCGUAACUCUCCUUAUUAAUACUCCACCUGCCCCAGGUACCCCUGUGUGUUCCCACUUGGGCUGUUUUCUUGCAUAAAAACCCUUCAGACAUGGGGGCUCACUCUGUAUUUUUGGAUCUCCCAACGUGGAGGGUUUUCCUGGCUAAGCUAGCUCAGAGUUGAGCGAACCUCCUCUCUUUAGACCUAGUGAAACCAGUUUGGAUUAAAUAACUUCCUCUCCCUCAGAACGUGAACUGGACCUUCCUUGAGGUUCAAAGAUGACUCGGCCUUUUCACUUUCCUUCCUGCCUCCACAUUCUCCUUGGAAGUGCCAAAAUAUCUGAUGAGGCCAGACUACAAGCAAGUGGCACUAAAAGUCUCUUGUCAUUAAACUUGCAGCUCUGUUUUGAAGGCAGAUGGUUUUGGUAAGCUUGUGAUCUCCGGGGUGUUUAAUAACAUCUCCAGGUCGCAGUUAUCCCAUAAGUACAGUUUAUAAAGUGAGGAAUUAAAUGCUCGGGGCCGGUGUUCUGAAGUGUCCGU